AGCACCUGAGGGAAGACGUCACCGCCGCCUGGAAUGAAAACGAGAGACAGACAGACGAUGGGAGAUCUGCGAAGAGAGGCUGUCUAGUGCUGUCCUCGGCUAACCUGAGCGAUCGUGUCAGUGGAGCUGGAUCCAUGCACAUCUCUAUCGGAAAGCAAACUCGGCUAGCUUUGGGUGGCUUUCGUCGAUUUGGCAGUGAUGGAGGACGACUGUGUGUGCGAGUACGACUCGACGUGGGACACCGAGAGUGAUGGAGAGGAGCCGGCCGGAGAUGGUCAACCUCGUCGCUCGAGGACUCUUGUAUCGCGGCAUCACCCGCCCAGAAACAUGAGGGCAGCAAAGGACAUGCAGAACUACAGAAGAGGAUACCCUAAUCUUGCAGAUGACGAGUGCCCGGAGGACAAAAUGAACAACUUGCAGUUCUACCUCAAUAAAUUCCCCUCUGCACCGGAUGAGGUCUACAUUGAAUCCUUUCUCAAAGAGUGGAAAAAUGACUACAAAAGGUUGGAGAGAGUCCACUCAUACAUUCAGUGGCUGUUCCCUCUCCGGGAACCAGGGGUCAACUACAUGGCUUCUGAACUCACCAAGAAGGAGAUUGAGGCCUUCAAGAGAAAUGAGGAUGCCAAAAGGAGAUUUGUGGAGUCCUAUGAACUCAUGUUGGGCUUCUACGGCAUCCGCCUGGUUAACAAAGACAUUGGUGAAGUGACGCGAGCAGAGAAUUGGAAAGAGCGCUUCGGGAACCUUGAGCGAAACAUGCACAACAACCUGCGCAUCACACGCAUCCUGAAGAGCUUGGGAGAGCUCGGCUUUGAGCACUAUCAGGCCCCGCUGGUGCACUUCUUUCUCGAAGAGACUUUGGUCAAAAAGAACCUCAGUAGUGUUAAACGCAGCGUACUCGACUAUUUCCUGUUUGCCGUUCUGGACAAACAAAAGCGCCAGGAGCUUGUGCGCUUCGCCUACCUUCACUUUGAGCCAAAGGAUAAAUUUGUGUGGUGUCCCAGAAAGAUUCAGAAACAAUUCCGGAAGGCCGAGAAACGACCCGAAGCCGUCGGAAAUGGAGACGGCAAGGAUGACAUCUGCUCGAGGGCUAAAAGCAAAGAUGGUGAAAAAGGGGUUCACCUCAAAGAGGAGGAACCGGAUAAUGCCGGCAAGGCGCAGAAACAGACGGAAACAAAUCGAGACAAACUCAAUCAGCCCGAGAUGCCCCCUCACCUAAAAGAAGAUCAAAUGACGAUCAGAAAUGGGAAUUCCGAGUCCAACGACAACACUUUAGGCAACGGUACUGACUCAAUGAAUGAAACUGAUGAAAUGGAUCAGUCGCCCGACACCGCCGGCGUCAAAACAGAGCCCGGUGCCAACAUCGAGUUCAAAGCUACAAACACCUCCCUGGAGGCCGGACAGGAACCAGACAACGUCAUGCAAACAGACCAAGACUCAAACACGGAGAAACCACCGAAGAAGAAAAGAGAAGAUAACUCGCUAAUGCAGAGCAACGGUUCCGCCGCAGACGCCAGCCCCGGCCAGGCAGAGGGAAAGAGUGACGGUGACGCCGCCCUCAGCCAAAUGAGCUCGCCUGCUCAUACGCCGCUUAAGACUGCAAAACACUCACCUUGCCUCUCAUCAGGCAGGGAAGAAAAGAUCCCAAGGACUGAUUUUGCUCAAGUGCCAGACAAAGAGGACAAAGGGCUGCACGCAAACGGGAGUGCCCGUCAAGCGAGGGAUGAACUGACAACUGAGAAGAAGGUGGAGGAUGUCGACAUGGAGUCCAACCCUUCAAGUUUAGAUCCAGAUGUGGCUAACACAUGAAUAGUUCUUCGUACUUUAAGCCCAACUGUCCGGUGAAUUUGAGUCUGAUUGAUCGUGAGUAAGGAAGGGCCAAGAUUGUUCAGUGUCGAGCGAAAUUG